GUAAUGUAGCGAUUGGAAGGACGGUGUCAGGCCAUAGUUAUGACAAUGGUGGAUCCACUAACUUCAAUACUGAAAACCUUACCAACGGAGAUGGAGUCGACACCUGUGAACGUUUCAAUGGAUACAACAUUUAUUUUAACAUAUACCUUCAAACGACAUAUAACAUAAAGUUGUCAAGGCUUGUAUUCAAAGGGAAUUUUUCUUCAAACGCAACGUAUUUCCAGAACUACGAUAACACUUAUGACUGGCCAUUUUACAUCACUGAUUCAUUUAGAACCGAAGUUCCACACACAGUAGACUUUGAUAUUCAACGCACAGGAUCAUACAUUUACUUUUAUAUAUGGUUUGAUUAUAUAAACUCUUUCGAAAUUGAGCUAUGUGAAAUAGAAAUAAUUGGUUGUGAAACUGACCAUUAUGGUGAGGACUGUCUCCCCUGUAAUAAGUCUAAGAAUUGUGAAGUUUGUGACGUUAACAAUGGAGCAUGCUAUGUCUGCAGCGAAGGUUACACAGGACCAAACUGUAGCAUAAAUACUGAAAAUGUGGCUCUACAAUCGGAUACAUCUCUAUAUUACUACGAGGAUCAUCACUUCUUUCAUCACUCCAACUAUUUACCUUCCUAUCGUUUGUUCGAUGGAUAUACCAAAGAGCCUAGCUGCAUUGACCUCUCCUUAUGGGAAAGAUUGAAAUAUCACAUGAGCAUAAUGCUACAGAAUGUUUACAAUAUCAAAGAUAUGCAGUUUUAUUUUAUCAAUACGGGAAAUGCAACAAUAAAGUUUAACUACCAAUUGCAAUUUUGUUGCUCAUCACACUACCCGUACGAGUACUCCGGGGUUGAAGAUAUACCAGCCUUUACCUCAAGUGUUAUUAAAAUUAUCUAUCCCAUACAAGAAAGCAUCAUAUAUACGAGGUUCAGUUUCUCUCUGAAUAACGUCACAGAAACGUCCAUACCUUCACUGUCCAUUUGUGAGGUAGAAAUGUACGGUAAGACCCUUUCAAUUUACAAGCAGUUUUGUAUUUUAAAGCUGUAAAGUGUAUUGUGGGUUUAACAGUGAAUACGCUUCUUGAUGUAUAUAGCUUAUUUGAUUUACAGUAACUAUCAAUACAAGUCAACAAAACAACGAUUUAAACUUUUGUUUUUAGCUGUACUGGUCAGAGACCAGAAGAGCUUAUGCAAUAGUAGUGUGUCCGUCGGAUUGUCUGUCAACAAUUUUUCAAAAUGCUACUCCUCCUACAGUUUUGGUCUGAUUUCAAUAUAACUUGGCACACGAGUAGAUUACACUAAGAUAAAUAAUUCUCUGCAUCGGUUAUUGAUUCCAAUGAAAGAUGUUGCCAUGGUUUCUAAAAAUAGAGAAAUUUCUAUGAAAUUCUUUCAAAAUGCUCCUUCUCCUACAGUUUUGUCUGAUUUCAAUAUAACUUGGCACACAAGUAAACUACACCUAAAUACAUAAUUCUGUUUAUUGCUGCCUGUUGCAAAGUUUCAAAUCCAAGUGCUACUUUUCCUUUGUUAUACUUACAGACCAGUAGAGCUACAGUCUCAUCAGAGUUUUCUAGUUAUCUAAUUUUACCUGGUUAUCUCUGGACUGAAACUCUGAGCACUAGUU